AUGUUGUUUCCAGAUGUUCAUUCAGCAGCGUCUCUCACAGUGAGUCCUGACAGAGUGCAACACUUCACCUCUGACUCUGUCUCACUGACCUGUGAGGGAAACUUCACUGAGUGGAGAGUGAGGAAGUUCUCUGAGGACGGCCGACUGUACUCUUCUAAUUGUCGGACAUUGACUGGAUCCACAUGUAACAUCAACACAUCAAAGUCAGAUACUGCAGUGUACUGGUGUGAGUCUGGAUCAGGAGAGUUCAGCAGUGCAGUCAACAUCACUGUACAAGAUUAUCACAGUGGUCCCAUCCUGGUGAGUCCUGUUCAUCCUGUGACUGAGGGAGCUUCUGUUAGUCUGAGCUGCAGUUUGAAAAGAAAAAAAAUACUUUCCAAUGUGUUUUUCUAUCACAAUGACAAACUUAUUCAAAAUGAUACCCGAGGGGAGCUGAACAUCUCUGCAGUGUCAAAGUCUGAUGAAGGUUUCUACAAGUGUCAAUUCUUGGGAGAAGAGUCACCACAUAGCUGGAUGUCAGUUAAAGUAGCUGUGGCGAGACCUGGAAGCUUUUCGUCUCCUGUGUGGUUGAUUGUUAGACUGGUUUAUGGAGUCUCUCUCCUUAUUAUUCUCCUGCUUUUGCUGUAUUGCUGCAGACAGCCCAAGCAUUCCUGCUUCACCAGGCCAAUCCAGUCUGACAUUCAAAGUCUGGGCUUCACCACAAAUCAUGGAGUCAACCAGAAUGAAAUACAUGAAUAUGACUGUCUUCAAUAUGGUCCUGCUGACCUCUAUGAAUCCAUCAUGCAAGUAGAAGACACAAGAAAUGGCAAAUCAAGUCAGGAGGCAGUUUAUUCAGAAGUCACAUUAGGAAGCUCUUUUGGUCAGUGAGAAGAGCUGUAGUAGCAAAGCCAAAACGAAGCUAUUGUUGCUCCCCUGCUCUUCAAAUAUCAACAUGUUCAUUUGAUGUUAAAUAAUAAUUUCAUAUUAUUAUUAUUAUUAUUAUUAUUAUUAUUAUAGAUGUGCAUUCCAGUUAAUACAUAUUCUUUCCAUAUUCAACUCUUUUUCAUUUUCAUCAUGGAUUUUUCAUAUUCAUUCUUGAGCUUUUAUAUAAAACCUUAAAUGUAUCCUGUUAAAACAGCAGUGAGAAAAAAGUUUGAAGUCUGUGAUUUUUUUAGUAGCUGAUAGCAAAAAUUAAAGUCAGCAGUCUUACAUUUGACAUUGGAAAGCACUUGUAAGGACACCAACAAAUAUUUUUGCUGUCUGAGUUUAAAGAUCUACAUCAUGUUAAAAGGAAUUACAUAAUAAGAAAACACAAUAAUGUUUUA